AUGGCCAAGCCACGACCUGUGACGAUGUCCGGUCAGAAGCCAAAACCCUACCAGAAGCUGAAGCCGGCGAUCUCCAAGAACCGAGGAGCUCCACUUUCUCUUCCUUUCUCAUCACGCAAGAAAGAUCCCUCUUUGGAGGAAAAAAUCGCUGAGAUAUUGAAAAUUGAGGAGGAAAGAAACUCGGCCAACAUCAAGAAUUCGGGUUUCGGGUUGAAGUAUCCGGAUUUUGACUGCGGACCCGGAGUCGGGUCGUACCCGUUUCUUGAGGAGCCCGUCCAGUUUCAGUUCGGGGACGACUAUGGAAAACAGCUUUUCCUUCGUGUGCAACGCGAGCUUCUGUACGCCAGCGUGGACAACGUGUCGGCGCUUGGAGGGUGCAUGAAGAAAACAACUGAUGACGUGUACUUUUUGCCGACCCAAAAAGCCAUGGUGGAGUCCUUCUUGGACCAUAAUCUGUUUUGA